AUGGCAAUUAAGAAUGUUGCUCUCGUUGGCGCAAACGGCAAUCUAGGCGGCCCCAUUCUCCAGGCUCUUGUCGACUCUGGCCUCUUCAACGUGACCGUGCUGAAGCGGGCAUCUUCGAACUCUAGUCCGACUUCGGAUCCCAGCGUCCGGCUUGUCAGCAUUGACGAUGACAUGACUACCGAAAGCCUCACAGCAGCGCUUCAGGGUCAAGAUGCGUGCAUUGCCUGCUUCCCGCUGAGAGACACGGAGCAGCAUUUGCGUCUCGUCGAUGCCGCUGCCGCUGCCGGCGUGAAGCGCUUCAUACCCGCCGACUACGGCAGCUGCGAUUCGAGCAGCAAGCAGGCCCAAGAGCUGGUUCCUCUCUUUCUCAACAAGGUCCGCGUGCGUGAGCGCUGCCAGGAGUACGCCAACAAGGACUCCAACUUUACCUGGACCAGUCUUGUAGCUGGUCACUUUUUCGACUGGGGCCUGAGGGAGAACUUUUUGCACUUUGACCUCAAGACUAAGACGGCAGACAUUCUAGACGACGGAACCUACAGAAGCUCGACCUCGACCCUUGGGCGCAUUGCCGAGGCUGUGGUCAAGGUGUUGAAGGACGAGGAUAUUGGUCGAAACAAGAUGCUGUUCAUGCAGAGUUUCUGUGUCUCGCAGCUCGACGUGCUUGCCUCGCUGGAAAAGGCGACUGGCGAGAAAUGGAAAGUCAACUGGGUCAAGUCCGACGAUUUCAUCAAGGAGAACAAGGCCAAGGCCGAUGCAGGCGACAAGGACGCUAUCGAGCACCUGGUCUUUGCCCUGGGAGCCCUGGAUGGAGACUGGGAAAAGAAGGAUGGCUUCGCCAUGGAUGUACUUGGGCUCCAGAAUCAGGACUUGGAUGAGAUUGUGAAGGGCGUGGUUGACGAAGUUCGUUCUUGA